AUGGCAUACUUAAUCCCCCCCUCAACUCUAGAGAACCAGUCCUCUAGCUAUCUCCACUCCCCACCCCUCAGAAGCAACAUAACACCCGGCGAUGUAGGAAUCCUAAGAUCAACCCUUCUACCCUCCUUCGCCCUGUACUCCUCCCUCUCAUUAGCAACCUACAUCGCAGCCGAUGCAACAAACAGAGUCGAACUAAAAGACUGGCUCUGGCCGUCCGCCCAAGUCCUCAAUGCCUGGUGGACCGCCAUCGGCCAACCAAUGACCAAACACGGCAUCUCAUUCGGAACAGCUUACGCAGCUCUCCCAUGGACGAAAAGGGUUCUCCUAAGCUGCGUCGCUAUCUGGGGCACGAGGCUCUUUGCCCGGAUCGCGUAUCGGUCGUUUUCUCGCGGGAGAGAUGAUGCGCGGUACGAGGCAGUUAAAAAAGAGCCUGGAUUUUGGAAGGGUGCCUUUUUAAGGAUCUUUUUACCGGAAGCUGCGGUGUUGAGUGUUAUCUCUUUGUCGUUCACGGUUCCGUUUACUAUGGAUACUGGGCUUUCGAUUGGGGAUGAAGUGGUGGAUGUUGUGAGGGCACUUGCUGUUGGGGUUUUUGGUGCUGGGUUUGCAUUGGAGGCUAUGGCGGAUAUGCAGCUUGCGCUGCAUCGACAGGAACGGACGGAUUUGUGUCGGCAUGGUGUUUGGGGUUUGGUGAGGCAUCCGAAUUACCUUGGGGACACUUUGGUUCAUGUUUCUUUCGCUUUGCUUAACAUGGCUGGUCCAUUCAAUCCGGUUGUGAUAUUGGGCCCUGUUGCGAACUACCUCUUCCUUCGGUUUUUGGGUGGUGACAAGGAAACUGAGGCUAACCAGGAAGAGCGCUAUAAGUCUCAGGAUCCACAUAAAUAUGGACAGCUGCGACAGUGGCAGGUAGAGAAGAACAGUUUUUGGCCUGGUUUGCGGGACUUGGUGAAUCCAUGGGCAUUGGCUGUUGCUGGUUGCGGUUUUAUCGGUGUGGUUAUUGAGGAGGGAUUUAGAUGUACUUAUGAUAUGUAA